ACACCAACAUCACCCUUGCAUUUUGGCUGCGCACCGAGGUGCACUGUUGGCUUCGCGUUGAGUGCUGCUUCGGUCUGACGUUCCGAGCCGGCUUCAUCCCCACCGAGGACCGGCGCACAGCUCAGAUCUGGAUCGUUUCAUCUCACCGCCGGUGUAAUCGCAAGUGGGCAUCCUUGCGGCUUCUGACUGUCUGUCCGCUGGCAGCAGAGGUUCCGACUGCGUGCGCACGAUCGGCCAGCCUCCUCCCAUCGGAUAUCCCAUCAACCCGACCAUGGAUCGCGGCGCGCCAGAGUACUCGCAGUCAGAUCCUGCGUCUGUUGCGCCGUACGCAGGCCAGCAGGACGCGCGGUCCACUGCCUACUCCAACUCGGCCACCCCGACAUCAGAAUACAGCGUCUACCCGCCGACAUCACGGUCCGGCACCUUCCCGGAAAUGCAGCGUCAAUACCCACCUGUCACCAACGCCAACGGCGGCGGCAGUGCAGGUAUGCCGCAAACACCAACAAGUCCGUCAAUGCCACUGCAAGAUGGGCGCAGCCAUCAGAGUCCCCGGCAGCAGCAAGCCAAGUCUGACAGCUACAUCCCUAUAGAUCCGUCCAUAGCAGCUGCGAGCCCGACCUACACUACCCAUGGCCAGUAUUCACCCUACGCUGCGCCGCCCCAAGACAUGGCAGCCCACGGGUACCACCAGCAUCCUGGCACUCCGGGUUUGUACGCCCAGCCUCGCCCGGACUGGGGGGGCUACGGCCAGCAGGCUGCUGGGCACAUCACGCCAACUCAUCACGUUUUCCAUCAGGCCCCGGCUACUGCUGUCCCCCAGGGCCGCCAGAAUCAGGUCUACAGUUUCGUGCCAAUCCCUGGCGCGCAGCAGCACAAGAGGCCCAGGCGACGCUACGAGGAGAUUGAGCGCAUGUACAGGUGCGGCUGGCAGGGUUGCGAGAAGGCCUAUGGUACCCUGAACCAUCUGAAUGCCCACGUUACGAUGCAAGGCCACGGGCCGAAGCGGGUUCCGGAAGAAUUCAAAGAGGUCCGCCGACUUUGGAAGGCUCGGAAGAAGGAAGCGGAGGCGCGUGAGAAGGCCGCUGAAGAGGAGCGCCAACGUCAGGCCGCUGCUGCCGCCGCCGCCGCUGCUCAGAACGGUGGUGCAGAGCAGCAGGCUCCGGCGGACCCUGCGCAGCCGCCGACAACGUACGCGACCACGGGUGCCGUCCAGCUGCCUCCGAUCGGGUUUCAGCCUCGGUACCCCGGCCAGUCCACCGGCGGCAUUCAGCAACAGGUGCCCGAGUAUAGCUACCCCAACUACUCGCCGACAUCGCCGUACGGCCAGUCAAACCAGCAGAUGUACAACCAGCCCAAUGGUGGCCAAGGCGGUGGCAGCCACUAGGGGUGCAGGUUGCGCCAUAACACUGUUGCAUGUCCCGCCCGCGUACGGGGACUC